UCUAGGAACUGGUCCCUCCUGAUAACAAGUCCAAAGUAUGUGAGAUGAAGUCUCUCCAUCCUCGUUUGUAAGGAACAUUCUGGCUGUACUUCUUCCAAGACAGAUUUGUUCAUUCUUCUGGCAGUCUAUGGUAUAUUCGAUAUUCUUUGCCAACACCAUAAUUUAAAGACAUCAGUUCUUCUUCAGUCGUCCUUAUUCAUCUUAUUCAUCGUCCAGCUUUUGCAUGCAUAUGAAGCAAUUGAAAAUACCAUGGCUUGUGUCAGGCGCACCUUAGUUCUCAAGGUGACAUUUUUGCUUUUUAUACUUUAAAGAGAUCCUUUGCAGCAGAUUUACCCACUGCAUUGUCGUUCAAUUUCUUGGCUGCUGCUUCCAUAAGCAUUGAUUGUGAAUCCAAGUAAAACGAAGUACUUGACAACUUCAGUGUUUUCUGUGUUUAUGGCGAUGUUGCUAAUUGGUCCAGUUGUGAGGAUUUUUGUUUUAUGUUAAGAUGUAAUCCAUACUGAAGGCUGUAGCCCUUGAUCUUCAUCAGUAAGUGCUUCAAUUCCUCUUCAUUUUCGGCAAGCAAGGUUGUGUCUUUUGCCUAUUGCAAGAGGUUCAUGAGUCUUCUUCCAAUCCCGAUGCCAUGUUCUUUUUCAGAUAGUCCACCUUCUCAGAUUAUUCAGAUUGGAUAAAUAUGGUCAAACGAUGCAACCCUGAUGCACAGCUUUCCUGAUUCAAACAAAGUAUUCCCUUAUUCUCUGUGAACAACUGCUUCUUGGUCUAUGUAGAGGUUGCGCAUGAAUGAGCACAAGUAUUCUGGAAUUCUCAUUCUUCGUAAUGCUAUCUAUAGUUUGUUACGAUCCACACGGUUGAAUGCCUUUGCAUAGUCAGUGAAACAUAGGGCAAUAUCCUUCUACAUUCUUUGCUUUCAGCCAAGAUCCAUCUGACAUCAGCAGUGUUACACCUUGUUCCAUGUCCUCUCCUGAAUCCAGUUUGAAUCUGGCAGUUCCAUAUCUAUGUACUGCUGUGAUGGUUUUUGAAUGAUCUUUAGCAAAAUUUUACUUGCGUGUGAUAUUAAUGAUACUGUUCCAUAAUUUCUCCAUUUUGUUAGAUCAUCUGUCUUUGGAAUGGGCACGUAUAUGUGUCUUUUCCAGUUGGUUGGCCAGGUAGCUGCUGUCUUCCCAGUUUCUUGGCAUAGAUGAGUGAGCACCUCCAGUGCUGCAUCCAUUUGUUGAAACAUCCCAAUCGGUAUUCCAUCAAUUCUUGAAGCCUUGUUUUUCGCCAGAGAAUCCAGAAAGAUACUUCCCUGUGUUUUACUGACUAUGCAAAGGGAUUCAGCUGUGUGGAUCAUAACAAAUUACAGAUAACAUUAUGAAGAAUGGGAAUUCCAGAAUACCUGUGCUCAUUCAUGCAGAACCUGUACAUAGACCAAGACUUUCUGUGCAGCUUGGAUCUCUUCCUUCGGUACCAUCGGUUCUUGAUCAUUGCUACCUCCUGAAAUGGUUGAAGUCGAUCAAUUCUUUUUGGUACAGUGACUCUGUAUAUUCCUUCCAUCUUCUUUUAAUGCUUCCUGCGUCAUUUAAUAUUUUCUCCCUGGAACCCUUCAAUAUCGAAACUCGAGGCUUGAAUUUUUUCUUCAGUUCUUUCAGCAUGAGAAAUGCUGAGUAUGUUCUUCCCUUUUGGUUUUCUAACUCCAGGUCUUUGCACAUAUCAUUACAUUACUAUUUUGUCUUCUCAAGUCAUCCUUUGAAAUCUUCUGUUCAUCUCUUUUACUAUACUUCUCUUUGCUUUAGUUACUCUACUUUCAAGAGUAAGUUUCAGAAUCUCUUCUGAUAUCCAUUUUGUUCUUCUUUUUUUCUUUUCUGCCUUUUUAAUGACAGAAGCGAUAGGGUUUUUUUCCUGUUCUUUUCCUCUUUCGCAGUCAGCGUGAAGUAUGUAUGGAUAAAGCAGUUCCGGGUCUUAAAUGCAGCAUAAGAUUGUCAAUUCAGCAUAAUGAGGUUUAAGUUUUGGUUGUUAAGGGGGACAUUCCCAAAGCUUAUUGACCAAGGCUUUAUGGGAAACUAUAUUUUAAUAUUUCAUUAAUUUGUGUUAUAUCUUGACAACUUGAAAGAUAGUUGGGUAUUGGCUAGGAAAGGUUGAGUAAGUAGAUGGGUUCUUUUUUUGUCAUAGGCUAUGGUUUUUUUUUUUUUAUCAGAGUAAUAGAGUUUAAAAAUGUAAAUUAUUAGGAAUUUGGUGACUUCUACACAGAAGGUCACAAAUAUUGUUGAAAUAGAAAAAGUUUGACACCAGCUAUAACUUUUUGAUUACACUGUUCUUGGAAUAACACAUUUUUAAAGCAAGCAGAUGAUAGUUUUCUUAAGGACAAAAGUUACUUAAACUUUGGAGAGUAAGUAUUUUGCUAUAAAAAAAGAAAAUAUACUACGAGAGAUUUAUUUUCUAAUUUUUUGGUCCCUCCAAGAUUUAGGUUUGGGAAGUUCUGAAAUAGCCGAGCUUUGCUGAUAACUGAGAGUUCAGAGUCAAGGCAAACUGGAGAGGCCAGUGGAGGAGGCUCCCUGUCUUGCAGAAAUACUGGCUUCUUCAACUUUUACAUGCCAUUUGCAAGUGCAGCUUGCGUGUGGAGUGCAACAGUAAAAUCAGACGACAGAUGGACAGUGUGACAAGAGCAUCAGAAAGGAUUGGGCCUCGCGGUGAGAGUCAGCCUGGAGUCAAGUGUUGACAAGUUGCUGGAAAGGAGGCAAGGGGAGGACAGUGGCACGCAGAGGAAGUGGAGCCCUGUCUUCAUUCGCACCAUUGAUGGAGGACAGAUGGACAGCCGGAUGGCCAGCCACCUCUCCUCUUAAACCUUUGGAGAGUUGUCAUUUGUCCUCUGCUGGACACAGAUUAGGAAUUUUACCACACUCUCUGAAUUCACUUUCCAUAGAAACGUAAAAUUAGACUGCCGCGUAUAAGCAGACUCAUCUGUUGCAUGGUAACAGAUUUGCAAACAUGAGUGCUGAGGGGUACCAGUACAGAGCGCUGUAUGAUUAUAAAAAGGAACGAGAAGAAGACAUUGACCUGCAUUUGGGUGACAUAUUGACUGUGAAUAAAGGGUCUUUGGUAGCUCUUGGAUUCAGUGAUGGACAGGAAGCCAGGCCUGAAGAAAUUGGCUGGUUGAAUGGCUAUAAUGAAACCACGGGGGAAAGGGGAGACUUUCCGGGAACAUAUGUAGAAUAUAUUGGAAGGAAAAAAAUCUCACCUCCCACACCAAAGCCCCGGCCACCUCGACCCCUUCCUGUUGCACCAGGUUCUUCAAAAACUGAAGCAGACAGUGAGCAACAAGCUUUGACUCUUCUGGAUCUUGCAGAGCAGUUUGCCCCUCCUGACAUUGCUCCCCCUCUUCUUGUCAAGCUAGUGGAAGCCAUUGAAAAGAAAGGUCUGGAAUGUUCAACUCUAUACAGAACACAGAGCUCUAGCAGCCCAGCAGAAUUACGACAGCUUCUUGAUUGUGAUGUCACCUCCGUGGACUGGGAAAUGAUCGAUGUGCACGUUUUAGCAGAUGCUUUCAAACGCUAUCUUCUGGACUUGCCAAAUCCUGUCAUUCCAGGAGCCGUUUACAGUGAAAUGAUGUCUUUAGCCCAAGAAGUACAGAGCUCCGAAGAACAUAUCCAGCUGUUGAAGAAGCUCAUUAGGUCACCGAACAUACCUCAUCAGUAUUGGCUUACACUUCAGUAUUUGCUAAAACAUUUCUUCAAGCUCUCUCAAACGGCCAGCAAAAAUCUCUUGAAUGCAAGAGCACUCUCUGAAAUUUUCAGCCCUAUGCUUUUCAGAUUCCCAGCAAACAGCUCUGAUAAUACUGAACACCUCAUAAAAGUUGUAGAAAUUUUAAUCUCAACGGAAUGGAAUGAACGGCAGCCUGCACCAGCACUGCCCCCUAAACCACCCAAGCCCACUACUGUAGCCAACAACGGUAUGAAUAACAAUAUGUCCUUACAAGAUGCUGAAUGGUACUGGGGAGAUAUCUCGAGGGAAGAAGUGAAUGAAAAACUUCGAGAUACAGCAGAUGGGACGUUUUUGGUACGAGAUGCCUCUACUAAAAUGCAUGGUGAUUAUACGCUUACACUAAGGAAAGGAGGAAAUAACAAAUUAAUCAAAAUAUUUCACCGAGAUGGGAAAUAUGGCUUCUCUGACCCAUUAACUUUCAACUCUGUGGUUGAACUAAUAAACCACUACCGGAAUGAAUCUCUAGCUCAGUAUAAUCCCAAGCUGGAUGUGAAAUUGCUUUAUCCAGUAUCCAAAUACCAACAGGAUCAAGUGGUCAAAGAAGAUAAUAUUGAAGCUGUAGGGAAAAAAUUACAUGAAUAUAACACUCAAUUCCAAGAAAAAAGUCGGGAGUAUGAUAGAUUAUAUGAAGAUUAUACCCGUACUUCCCAGGAAAUCCAAAUGAAAAGAACAGCUAUUGAAGCAUUUAAUGAAACCAUAAAAAUAUUUGAAGAACAGUGCCAAACCCAGGAGCGGUACAGCAAAGAAUACAUAGAAAAGUUUAAACGUGAAGGCAAUGAGAAAGAAAUACAAAGGAUUAUGCAUAAUUAUGAAAAGUUAAAGUCGCGCAUCAGUGAGAUUGUCGACAGUCGAAGAAGAUUGGAGGAAGACUUGAAGAAGCAGGCAGCUGAGUAUCGAGAGAUUGACAAACGUAUGAAUAGCAUCAAACCAGACCUCAUCCAGCUGAGAAAGACAAGAGACCAAUACUUGCUGUGGUUGACUCAAAAAGGUGUUCGGCAGAAGAAGUUGAACGAGUGGCUGGGCAAUGAAAACACUGAAGAUCAAUAUUCGCUGGUGGAAGAUGACGAGGAUUUACCCCACCACGAUGAGAAGACCUGGAAUGUGGGAAGCAGCAACCGGAACAAAGCUGAGAACCUAUUGCGAGGGAAGCGGGAUGGCACUUUCCUUGUCCGAGAGAGCAGUAAACAGGGCUGUUACGCCUGCUCUGUAGUGGUGGAUGGCGAGGUAAAGCAUUGUGUCAUAAACAAGACGGCAACUGGGUAUGGCUUUGCAGAGCCCUAUAACUUGUACAGCUCCCUGAAAGAACUGGUGCUACAUUACCAACACACGUCCCUCGUGCAGCACAACGACUCCCUCAACGUCACACUAGCCUACCCAGUAUAUGCACAGCAGAGGCGAUGAAGCGCUGACACUCUGAUCCUUCUCCUGAAGUUCAACCACCCUGAGGCCUCUGGAAAGCGAAGGGCUCCUCUCCAGCCUGACCUGUGAAUUGAGCUGUGGAAACAAAGCCCGCUGUCUUCGGAUAGGACUAGAGCUUUCUUUGACAACAAAGCAGUAGGGGAAGACACACAGCCUAGUGCUGAGUGACCAUACGUUUCUAAUCCGGAGUGGUUACCUUCCCUUCUUUCCUUUUUUUUUUUUUUUUUUAUUUAAAACGACAACAACUCACAACACAAAGAGAAAAAGAAAUAAAAAAUCUCUGCGUGCAGGGACAAAGAGGCCUUUAACCAUGGUGCUUGUUAAUGCUUUCUAAAGCUUUACCAGCUACAAGUUGGGACUUUGUAGACCGAAGGGUAGAUGGGGCUCAGGAGCCCUGUGACCUGCAAAGGCUGGGUCCAGCCUGGUUUAGCCUGGGUGUGUCGCUGUGUCCAAGCACCCCCAGGCACGUCGCACUGUGGAUUAUUUCAUUUUCUAACAAAUGAACGAUAUGUAGCAGGAAGGCACUUCUACUUACAAGGGACACUUUGGGAGAAUGUCAGUUCAUGUACAUUCAGAGGAAAUUCUGUCGUAGCAAAGUGCCAGAAAGUGUUUUGUUUAAACUUUUCAAAAUGACAAAUACAAACAAACCAAUAAAACCCACCAACAGAAAAAUUGAACUUGGAAAACAGGACUUAAAAAUGACAUUCAGUAUAUAAAAUAUGUACAUAUUAUUGGAUGACUAACUAUCAAAUAGAUGGAUUUGUAUUAAUACCAAAUAGCUUCUGUUUUGUUUUGCUGAAGGCUAAAUUCACAGCGCUAUGCAAUUCUUAAUUUUCAUUAAGUUGUUAUCUCAGUUUUAAAUGUACCUUCAGAAUAAGCUUCCCCCACCCUGAUUUUUGUUGCUUGAAAAUAUUGUUGUCCCUGACUUUUGUUAAUAUUCAUUUUGUUAUUCUUUUUUUUUUUUUUAAGAAGAAAUGUACAGGAUGCCAGUAAAAAAUGGCUUCAGAAUUAAAACUAUGAAAUAUUUUACAGUUUUUCUUGUACAGAGUACUUGGCUAUUAGCUCAAGGUUAAAAAGUUCAUGACAGAUUUUUGGACUAAAUGUUUCAUUGGGCAGUGCCUGAUAAGCUUCAAAGCUGCUUUAUUCAAUAAAAAAAAAAAGAUAUUA